AUGACACAGAGUCAACUCUUGAAUAACAAUGAGGUACUGAAGAAUGGCGAGGGUAUGCGCAAGAAACUGAAGAUCUCAGUGGCCCAUUUCGACAACUCGGCCUUGAUCAAGACAUAUUCCAAAACCCUGAUUGGAAGGUGUAUGAAUCCAGCAGAGCAGCAGAUGAAGGCACUGUUCACUAAUCUCCCGAAGAUAUGGAAAUUGGAGGAAAGAGUUACUGGUAUGGAUUUGGGAUUUGGAAAAUUUCAGUUUGAUUUUAAGACUGAGGAGGAGCUCGAAGGGGUACUGAAGCAGAAACCGUUCCACUUUGACUAUUGGAUGCUAGCUUUGGCAAAAUGGCAACCAAAACAAUCUAAGGCUUUCCCAUCAGAGAUCAUGUUCUGGGUCCGCGUCAUUGGUCUACCGCUGGAGUUCAGAACGGUCCCUACUUUUGAAAGUAUUGGUGGUGCUUUGGGAAGAACGGUGGCAGUGGACUUGGAUCAGAAUCGGGUUCAGGUAGUGAUUGAUGCUUUCAAGGAACUGUGUUUCGAAACAAGCAUCGAUUUUAAAGGUGGAGAGUUCUAUGAAGAGGAGGAAGUGGCGGUUUCACUAUGCUACGAGAAGCUGUUUGGCUAUUGCAAACUCUGCGCUUGCCUAUGCCAUAAGGAGGAGGUUUGCCCAAAGGCUCCAAAAACGAGUCCGGAGCGAUAA